AUGGAUAAGACAGACUCAAUUGAAGCAGCGCCAACGCAGCAUCAAGAGGUUGUAGGAAUGCAUCAUGCAACGCAAGGGUUAGUGACACGGGAACCAUAUGGGCCUGCUGGCUUCAAGGGUCUCUUUUCAAAUCAUUAUGUCGCCAUGUGCGCUGCCUUUGCAACCAUCGGAGGACUUCUCUUCGGCUACGACCAAGGAGUUAUCUCAGUCACCCUAGUCAUGGACCAGUUCCUCGACCAGUUUCCACGGGUCGCGAACACGGCAUCAGGAGCGGGUUUCUGGAAAGGGCUGAUGACUGCCAUGCUUGAGCUUGGAGCUUUGAUUGGUGCGCUGUUUGCAGGCUGGCUUGCAGAUAAGCUGUCUCGAAAGCACUCGAUUGUUGUCGCUGUUAUGGUGUUUACGGUUGGAAGUAUCCUACAGACAGCGGCGAUUGACUACGCGAUGCUGACGGUGGGACGUUUGAUUGGGGGUAUGGGGAUCGGAGCUCUGGCGGCCAUUGCUCCCCUCUACAUCUCUGAGAUUGCUCCCCCGGAGAUACGUGGCGCCCUUCUCGUCCUCCAGGAGCUCAGCAUCGUCCUCGGAAUCGUCAUCGCUUUCUGGACGACAUAUGGUACCCGGUACAUGGCCGGCGAGUGGUCCUGGCGACUUCCCUUCCUGAUUCAAAUGAUACCUGGCCUCAUUCUUGGCGUGGGCAUUGUCUUCCUCCCAUUUUCUCCCCGCUGGUUGUCUAGCAAAGGGCGCGACGAUGAAGCACUCGAAGCCCUCGCAAAACUGCGCCGCCUCCCGACAAAUGACGCAAGAGUCUUCCAGGAAUGGUGCGAAAUCCGCGCCGAAGUAACAUUUAGCCAAGAAGUUAGCCGCGAGAAGCAUCCCGACCUGCAGGCUCCUACGCGUAUAAACAGAAUCAAGCUGGAAAUCGUCUCAUGGAUGGACUGCUUUAGGCAUGGGUGCUGGAGGCGCACUGUUGUCGGUGUAGGCCUCAUGUUCUUCCAGCAGUUUGUCGGCAUUAACGCGCUGAUCUACUACUCCCCAUCGCUCUUCGAGACCUUAGGUCAGGGCUACGAGAUGCAGCUCUUACUUUCCGGUAUCAUCAACUGUACGCAACUCGUUGGCGUGGUCACAAGCCUAUGGACGAUGGAUCGAUUUGGCCGUCGGCCCUUGCUCUUAUGUGGUGCAGGACUGAUGUUUGUCUGUCAUCUCAUCAUUGCAGUCCUGGUUGGCAAAUUUGGCGGACGAUGGACGGACUACGCAGUCGAAGGCUGGGUUGCUGUGGCCUUCCUCUUCUUCUACAUGUUCAGCUUCGGUGCUACCUGGGGUCCUGUCCCCUGGGCUAUGCCAUCUGAGAUUUUCCCUUCGUCACUCCGGGCGAAAGGCGUUGCCCUCUCUACCUGCUCAAACUGGUUCAACAACUUCGUCAUCGGUCUCAUCACACCACCACUCGUUCAAAAUACUGGGUACGGCGCGUACACAUUCUUCGCCGCCUUCUGUCUCCUUGCUUUCGUCUUUACAUUCUUCUGUAUACCUGAGACGGCUGGCAAGACGCUAGAGCAGAUGGACGAGGUGUUCAAGGAUGUCAGUAGCGAGGCGGAAGAGCAGCAGAAGGCGAGGAUUAUGCGGGAUAUCGUGGAGGGGAAGAGGGAUACGCUUACUGCGACACCCUAG